AUGGCAAAUAAAAUUUCCACAGAAUUAUUGAUUACGAUUUUAAAUAAUGUUCAAUCAACUCAAGACUUAUUUUCAUCAUUAUUAGUUAAUCGAAUCUGGUGUAAAGUUACUAUACCUAUACUUUGGGAAUUACCUUUGGGCCAAGAAUAUCGCAUAGAAACAGAUAUAGAUUAUGAGAAGUUGAAGAAGAAAGCAUUAUGUAUUCGAACAUAUAUAUCAUUACACAGAAGAUUUUAUAUGAGUUGUUUUAAUUUUAAUGAUUCAAUUGGUUCAAUUCUCAAGUUACCUGGUGCUUCGAAAGUAUUUAAGGAAUUAGAAAGUUUUACUUCGAUAAUAAUAAAAAGGGAUAAACCAUUAUAUGAAUCAUUAGCAUUAAUUUGUAAUAAUAUUUUAAAUAUGGAGUUAUUUUUUCAUUGUAUUCCUAGAAUGGAACCAUUAACGAAACUUCUUAGCGUUCAAAAACGGUUAGAAAAUCUAUCAAUUACUGAUAAUAAUUUGGUAAAACAACUUGAUAUUAAUUCAAUAUUUUGGGCUAUCAUUAGUCUAAAAGAAACAUUAAAGAGUCUUCGAUUAAUUUCAGUAAAUUUUUAUAGCUUCAAGAGGGAAUUAUCACCAAUUGGACAGUUUACUUCACUUCAAAAGCUUUAUGUUGAAAAUGGCAACGGAUUUCUUGAAUCAGAAUGUUUAUUCUUAGCUUCAUCAUUUACUCAAUUAAAUAGUUUUCAUUAUACUCAUUCAGUUUAUGUAAAAGAUACAUAUCCUCAAGAAUUUAUUAUACAAAUUCUCGAAACAGCCAAUACAAAUUUAAAAAAUAUUUGUCUAGAAUUAAAUUCCACAAUUACAUUUGAUAUAUUUUCGGCAAUUUUAAAUUAUUGUACAAGGAUUACAGAAUUAACUUUAUAUAAUUUAAGUCCUGAACAAAUCAUGGCAAUUUUUAAUAAUAAUUUUAAUGAAUUAAGAAGUUUUUCAUUUGAUUGCGGACGAGGAUUCGAUUCUAAUGAAUUAUUAUGUCAAAUGGCCGAAAAUGUACCAGAAUCACUUGAAACUAUUGAAAUUAGAAUGGAUUGUGAAUAUUCAUGGAUAUUUGGUGCUGAGAGUUUAAGAAAAUUUUUUGAAGGGUGGGGUUGUUGUAAAGGAGGUGGAAAUAAAAAAUUUAGGAGAUUAUGUAUAAGACUAAUACGAUCACCACUAUUUAGAAGACCAUCUAAAAGAUUUUUACCACUUACAUUGAAAACAAUGGGUGAUGAACAUUUUAAAGUUAUUGAAGAAUAUGGAAUUCAAUUUGAUAUGACUGAAUAUUCCAAAUUUUAUUAA